UCAACUUUUUGUAGUCUUGUGAUAGAGAGAUUUGUGAAUGAAAUAUUUGCUCACAAUUCAUCUGGCAUUCGAAAACCACAAAAAAACAGUUUGAAGCAGAACCACUCCUCUCUAAAUCUUCUUUAUCCAAAACUACGAAAAAUUCCAAUAAAAUUAAAUCCAUCCACGGCUCCAGUGGCUGUGAAUUUUCUUCAAUUUUUUUGACUUUCUGCAUUGCCCACAUAAUAAUAUAGUAUCACAUAUUUCAGUGGAAUCUUGAUAUAGAAAAUCACUGACCGAACGUAAUAAAGUGUGCUUUAACCCAAAGAGAGCCCACUUCUUAGCAGAGGCUGCUUAGGUCAGGAGAAUUAUAACUAGUAUUUUAAAGGUGGGGAGCGAGUUAAUUGAUUUUAUCCCCUCAUCUUGCUAGUGACUUGAGGACUUGUUCGCAUCACGUCCAGAUUUAAUACGAACUAUAUACUUAAACAUGUCGAAGCCACUGGAUUAUGAGAAUUUGAAUGAAAAUGUUAAGAAAUGUCAGUAUGCUGUUCGAGGUGAGCUGUAUCUUCGUGCCUCUGAGCUUCAGAAGGAGGGCAAGAAGAUCAUCUUCACAAAUGUUGGCAAUCCUCAUGCCCUUGGGCAGAAGCCUCUGACAUUUCCUCGCCAGGUGAUUGCGCUCUGCCAAGCUCCGUUUCUGCUAGAUGAUCCUAAUGUGGGGCUUGUGUUUCCAGCCGAUACUAUAGCAAGAGCUAAACAUUAUCUUUCACUGACAUCAGGGGGUCUAGGUGCCUACAGUGACUCACGAGGCAUUCCUGGAAUAAGGAAAGAAGUGGCAGAGUUCAUUGAGAGACGUGAUGGAUAUCCAAGUGAUCCAGAACUCAUAUUCCUAACAGAUGGUGCCAGCAAAGGAGUGAUGCAAAUCUUAAAUGCUAUUAUUCGUGGUGAUCGUGAUGGGAUACUGGUCCCUGUUCCACAAUAUCCCCUUUAUUCAGCUACAAUAUCGUUAUUAGGCGGCUCUCUUGUUCCCUAUUACCUUGAAGAAACUGCCAAUUGGGGUCUUGAUAUUGUUAACCUUCGCCAGUCAGUUGCCCAGGCUCGUUCUCAAGGAAAAACUGUACGGGCAAUGGUGAUUAUAAACCCCGGGAACCCUACUGGACAGUGUCUUAGUGAAGCAAAUCUGAAAGAAGUAUUAAAAUUCUGUUAUGAGAAUAAUUUGGUAUUGCUUGGAGAUGAAGUUUAUCAGCAAAAUAUUUACCAAGAUGAGCGUCCCUUCAUAAGUGCACGGAAGGUUCUGAUGGACAUGGGAGGACCCAUAAGCAAGGAGCUUCAGCUUGUUUCCUUCCACACAGUCUCCAAAGGUUAUUGGGGUGAAUGUGGGCAACGGGGCGGGUACUUUGAGAUGACCAAUGUUUCUCCAAAGACAGUAGAAGAGAUAUACAAGGUUGCUUCCAUUUCACUCAGUCCAAAUGUCCCUGGGCAGAUAUUCCUAGGGCUUAUGGUCAGUCCUCCUAAACCUGGAGACAUAUCUUAUGAGAGAUUUGUUAGAGAGAGCAAAGGAGUCCUUGAGUCUCUGAGGAGGAGAGCACAAAUAAUGACAGAUGGAUUCAAUAGCUGUAGAAAUGUGGUCUGCAAUUUUACAGAAGGUGCCAUGUAUUCCUUCCCACAAAUACGCUUACCUCCAAAAGCAAUAGAGGCUGCAAAAAAGGCUGGAAAAGUUCCCGAUGUUUUCUAUUGUCUCAAGCUUCUAGAAGCCACCGGCAUUUCCACUGUCCCAGGUUCGGGAUUUGGUCAAAAGGAUGGGUAUGUCCAAAUUUAAUUUUUUUGUUAUGGUUAGUUUUAUGUGGAAUAUUGCUUACAUGCAACCUUAGUUUGUUGUCCGGAAGUAAUGCUUAAAAUCAUAUAUUGGGAAGUAUCACCUUUUUAGAUGGUUCGUGGAUAUGACUACGCUGCUAUUUUGUUGCAACUUUCUAUACAAUUGAGGCGCGUUAAAUU